AUGGCAGACCAGAACGAAAAGAAUACUUCCUGCCCUGUUGACCUCCUUAUCGUCACGCGUCCAAGCAUGGCUGAGGCAGUCCCUGGCUUGCUGGAGGAGGUUAUCAAAGGCGUCGAUAGUCUAACUACUGGAACUGAUGAGGACCGCAAGGAUCUGUUAGUCAAGUGUCGAGCUUUGACUCGAGCUCUUGAGACUCCUCGUGAAACGAUGGCUGACCACUGCUGGGGACAGAUGGGUGCAAUCGCUGCUAUAGGUUUCGGCGUGGACUCGGGAUUAUGGGUGUUGAUGGCUCAAAAUGGCGAUGAACCCCAGAAGGUAACCGAUUUGGCUGUGAGCCUUGGGGUCGACCCUAAACUUCUCGGUCGUCUGAUGCGACAUGUCUGUGCUAUGGGACUGCUCGUUGAAACUAGUGAAGAUGAAUACAGGACCACAAACUAUACCAAGGCGCUGAGCCUUCCUCAGCUUGGGCAUGGGUAUCUUGGUCUUACCGCUGCCACCGGUGCAGGCACCUUGAAAUUCCACGAGUUUUCCCGAAAGCGGGGUUGGGUAAAUCCGACAGAUUGUCAGGACACAUCUCUGAUGUAUGCCUAUAGUACUGACAAGGACAUAUUCUCCUGGGUGCAUGAUUUGGGCUAUGGAAAACAUCUUAAUGAUUAUCUUGGUGGCUACAACAUAGGUCGCCCAUGGUGGAUGGACCCCUGUGUCUAUCCUGUGAAGGAGAAACUUAUCGAUGGGGCCGAUUCUAGCCCAGAUGCAUCAUUUCUCGUGGACAUUGGCGGCAACGUGGGCCAUGAUUUGGCGCGAUUCCACAGUCGCUAUCCGAAUGCUCCCGGAAAAUUAAUCCUUCAAGAUUUGCCUAUGAUGAUACAACAAAUUAAGGAUCUAGAUCCGGCUAUAGUUCGAAUGGAGUAUGACUUCCAUCAUGAGCAGCCCAUUAAAGGAGCUCGUGCGUAUUAUAUACACUCGACACUACAUAACUGGUCGGACGAUGUAUGUGAAAGCAUACUUGCGCGAGUAAAAGAAGCCAUGAAGCCCGGAUAUAGCAAACUAUUGAUCAAUGAGAACGUUAUACCGGACACUGGUGCCCAUUGGGAAGCUACGGGACUCGAUAUGAUGAUGCUGACCCUAUUCUCUUCCGAAGAACGCACUACCGCAGCGUGGUACGACUUGAUUGAGAGGAAAGCGGGCUUGAAAAUUGUUGAAAUAUGGGGAGCUGGAAAUGGGGUUGAAAACGUGAUUGAGUGUGUCAAUGAGCGUUAG